UUCGAUUAAUCGAAACUAAUUUGUAAUUCUAUGUAGUAAUUUCAGUUCACAGCUUAUCACGAAAAGCAAUAUGUUCUAUAGAGUUCUCGGUCAUUCCACUAUUGUAUCAUUAAUUUUCUAUUGGAUUUUCAAGAAUCUUGAUUUUGUUCGGGGAUCAGAAUAUAUAGUGAACACAGAGAAAUGCAAAUUGCCGCACCAUGAGCCUUUCAACAAUGAGACAUUGGGUAUAUGGUUCUCUGAAUAUUAUGAACCAUGUAGUAGUAAACCUCUUCUAAGUCGUGUGAAAAAAACUAACAGUAAAGCAACACUUCACAUUGAAGAACAUUUACUUCCCCUAUACGGGCAAAAUGUUACUUGCUGCGUUGCUGAUAUAAUAAGAGAGACGGAGGAUAGAAUAAGGUGGACGGAGUGCAAGCCAUUCACACACAAAACUGAUCUUAACAGCGAUACCGUAACUAUACUCUGUCUGGAUGAAUCAGGUCAAGAGGUAUAUAAGAACGCUCAUCAUGCUGUUCUGAAAAAUUCGGAAACAGAAGAAAAAUUCAAUCGAAUUACUACUGGGAUAAAGCCUACAAGUGUUCUUUUCAUUGUAAUUGACAGUGUUUCCAGAUUGAAUUUGAUUCGAACAAUGCCGAAAACGAGAGAUUAUUUAUUAGAUAAUAGUUUCAUAGAAUUAAAAGGUUAUAGUAAGAUAGAUGAUAAUACUUUUCCCAACUUUGUGGCUCUUCUUACUGGCCUAAAUAAACGACAGAUCAGUACCAUCCAUUGCACUGGCAGAAAUAUCAAUGAAUUCGAUAAUUGUCCGAUGAUAUGGUAUAAUUUCAGUAAAUCAGGAUAUGUUACUGCAUAUGGUGAAGAUUGGGGUUACUUAAAUACUUUCAAUUACCAUAAAAAAGGUUUCACAAAUCCGCCAACAGAUUUCUAUUAUAGGCCAUAUGUCCUUGCUACCGAAUCUUUGGGAACGCUCCUGCUUAAGGGGGCGCCAUUUUGUGCUGGACCUGAAUCUUCAGGUGAAAGACAGUUGAAUCUGGCAUUAGACUUCUCUAAAACAUUCAAAAAUUCACCGUACUUCGGUAUUUUUUGGAUGAAUACAUUCAGUCAUCAAGCUCUAAAUAUUCCACAUCGUUUUGAUGACAAACUACGUGAAUUCUUCACAAAUUUGAAGGCUGAGGGCAUAUUAGAAGACAGCAUAGUGAUACUACUCAGUGAUCAUGGUAUGAGAUUAGAUCACACAAUAAAGAGAACCAUAACUGGUUGGUUUGAGGAACGUCUCCCUGUAAAUCUUAUAUCUGUCCCAGAAUGGUUCGAAAGGAAAUAUCCUGAGAAAAUCAAGAAUUUGAAAGUUAAUAGUGAUAAACUGACGUCUACGUAUGACUUGUACAUGACUCUGCAAGAUAUCCUACAAUUGUCCUCUCAGGAGUAUAAAAUGGUACCAAGUCUUGCUUGUCCGAAAUGUGUCUCCUUAUUCAACGAAGUGCCAACAAGAACAUGCAGUGAAGCAGGUAUACCUCAAGAAUGGUGUACCUGUAUAGGUCACAUGCAAUAUCUGAAUCAAACAAGUUAUUUGGCAAUAAAGGGUGCACAAUUCGUCUUAAAUCGUAUAAAAUCUAAAUUGAACCUUUUUAAUUUAACUCAAGUCUGUUCGGAAUUCCGAAUAUCUUAUAUAAAAACAGCGGGACUAUCUGAAACAUCUGAAUUCAAUAACGAAAAAUAUAUGUUCCUCAAUUUUAUAGCUUCUCCUUAUGCCGAAUUCAUUGUUUCACUUAAAUAUAAAAAAGUGGAGUCAACACGAAGGGAAAAAUUCAGUAUAUUACUUGAUGCAGUCAGAUUAGACAAAGGAGACAAUACUUGUAUUACUAUUUCUGAAAUCUCUCAAUUUUGCAACUGUAAGAGGUAAUACAAUAAUAUUUGCUUAGACAAAUGACGUUGACUGCCAUUAUAAAUUAAACAUUCUUCACAAGAAUAUUUUCUAUUUCUCCCUCAUUACCUCAUAGACAUGUGUCUGUUUCUAUAAUGAAAUAAACUAUUCACUUUUA